AUUCCCGUAGUUGGUAUGGAGUUUUGUCGGACGGAUGGUGCUUUGUUGAUUGAUUUGGGGGAAAGGACGAAUGCCGCGGUCGGGGUCACGGCGAGGGAUCAAAACGAAUCUUCAUUCCGUCGAUCCGACAACUACGUGGGCGUCAAUUGCCGGUCGUUUUCUCCGCAUUAUUCUUCAGGACUGCGAUUCCGUUGGUCUUCCCCCCUUGUCCGGGACCGCGCGACGUGGUGGAUAGGUUCACUCAGUAGGGUAGGGUCGGCUGGUUCCAUCGUAUCAUCAUGCUGCUCGGCUACUUCGCUUCUUUCAUGUCAUGUCAAAUGCCACCGCUGCGUGAUGGAAAGCCAUAGUUCAUCACAUCCUCAGAUUGCUGAAGUGAAAAUGGACAUCUCACCAUCAGCUUCUGGAGCAGCAGGGAACAAAAUCUGCAGAGGUGCUGCCUGUGAUUUCUCUGAUUCCAGUAACAGCUCGAAAGAUGCCAAGGAGAGAUCCGCAUCCAUGAGGAAGCUUAUAAUUGCUGUGAUCCUUUGCAUCGUAUUCAUGACAGUGGAAGUGGUUGGAGGCAUCAAAGCAAACAGUCUUGCAAUCUUAACUGAUGCAGCUCAUCUUCUUUCUGACGUGGCAGCUUUUGCCAUAUCAUUAUUCUCUCUUUGGGCUGCUGGAUGGGAAGCAACACCACAACAGUCUUACGGGUUCUUUCGUAUUGAGAUUCUUGGUGCAUUGGUCUCCAUUCAGCUCAUAUGGCUGCUUGCUGGCAUACUCGUAUAUGAGGCUAUUGUAAGGCUCAUUAAUGAGAGCGGUGAGGUGCAGGGCUCCCUCAUGUUUGCUGUAUCAGCUUUUGGAUUGUUUGUCAACAUCAUAAUGGCUGUACUGCUAGGGCAUGAUCAUGGACACGGCCAUGGCCAUGGCCAUGGACAUUCGCAUGAUCAUAGCCAUGGUGAUUCAGAUGAUGACCAUUCACACCAUGAAGAACAAGAACAGGGCCAUGUGCAUCGCCACGAGCACAGCCAUGGAAGUUCUAUUACUGUCACAACCCAUCACCACCACCACCCAAGCACUGGACAACAUCAUGAUGCUGAGGAACCAUUGCUUAAGCAUGAAGCCAGCUGUGAGGGCACCCAAUCUGCUGCCAAACCAGCUAAGAAACCUCGCCGCAAUAUCAAUGUACACAGUGCUUAUCUUCAUGUGCUUGGAGAUUCAAUCCAGAGCAUCGGGGUAAUGAUAGGUGGGGCUAUCAUCUGGUACAAGCCUGAGUGGAAGAUCAUCGAUCUCAUCUGCACCCUCAUCUUCUCUGUGGUUGUACUGUUUACCACAAUCAGGAUGCUGCGCAACAUACUUGAAGUACUGAUGGAGAGCACUCCCCGUGAGAUUGAUGCCACCAGGCUCGAGAUGGGGCUCUGCGAGAUGGAUGGUGUGGUUGCUGUCCACGAGCUUCAUAUCUGGGCCAUCACAGUAGGGAAGGUGCUCCUAGCAUGCCAUGUGACAAUAGCAAGGGAAGCCGAUGCCGAUCAGAUCCUUGACAAGGUGAUCGGAUACAUCAAGACAGAGUACAACAUCAGCCAUGUGACCAUUCAGAUUGAGCGUGAGUAGGGAUAUAAAGGGUGUCUUCGCUGGUUAUCUUGUUCAUGUCAGUUAAUACUGCUUUUUGCACCAGGUAAGGCAUCAGCCACUCAACCGAGCCAUAAUGUGCUCACAGGUUCAUCAGCUUUGAUGCUGGUUAAUAUAAUCUAUUACUAGUCUAUUAGGUGAAGGAGUUAUUCGGGUGGCGUAGUUGUCGGUCUGUGCAUUCACAUGGAUGAAUUUUUCGGACAUGUUGUGAGUUCAUCGAAUUGCAUCUGUAGUGAGAAAUAAUUUAGCAACCUGUGUCGUCACCUUUGUGUAAGAUAAUGUUUAUGGCAUGAAAGGUAUGAAGUUAGUGAGUGGAAUAUGACCGUUUGUUUUGAGCUC